AAAUGAUCAGAAUCAUUUCACAAAACAGCACAAACCUCCAUAAUUUUUCCUUUAUAUUUUAACCACCUUCAAAACAUUCAUCAUCACCUUGUCCCCCCCUUUCUUUCUCGCUCAAUUUUCUUUAAAAAAAAAUCUUCAUUUUUUAUACUAUUAACAACCAAAUAUCCCCUAUACUUUCCGUUUUGCCUUUUUCAUAGCAAAAAGGAUCAAAUACUCCUCAUUAUUCUUGUGUUUCUUGUGACCAAAACCAUCCCAACCACUAAGGCUCAUAACUUAAACCAUCAAACCACCAAAUUCCUCUCUCAUUUCUGACUCUCCUUCCCUGCCAAAAACACUUAAGAGAGAAAAAAGAAAAGGAAAAGAAUCACCCCACCUGACUCUUAAAACAUCAUUUCUUUUUCUUUCUUUUUGCCCUUUCUUGGUAACUUUGCUUUUGAUCAUAGCUAAAACAUACAUGCCCACAACUAUAUCCUUUUCACUAGCCAAAAUACCUCAAAAACUUCUCUUCUUUUCUUGAUAGUUGAGUACUCCCCUUCUCCCCCUAACCCUCCCCCCCAACCCCAAACCCCACCCACCACACCAUUUUGGAUUUGGAGUAGUAGUAGAAAACAAGUUACUACUCCAUAUUUUGAUUAUAGAAUCAAAAUCUCUUUUUUCCACUACCUACAAAGCCUAUAGAGAAUUCCAAUUUGGUCUCAUUUUUUGUUUGUUCAUUCAUACAAUGAAACAAGCACAACAACAACCUUUUGAUGCUCUUCCAAGAACAAGCAGCUACAACAAAAGCUCCAAAAAAAUUAUACCUGCUAAUAAUACUUAUCCAAGAUCAAAUUCUUCAAUCACACAUGAAUAUUCUUCCGACAACAUUUCAGAUAAAACCCUCGUACCUAAAAGUAGAAGCUCAUCGUCAUCAAACCACAGUUGCAACAGAUUAACCAAAACUCGUAUAGGAGUUUCAGCAUUGAUCAAAUCACUAAUCAACAUUAUCUCAUUUCCAACUAUAGUACUCCCUGCAUGCAAAUGGCUUAACCUCCCUACACAAUUUUCCGUCACGUCUUCGUCGUCGCUCGGCAGAAAAGUCACCGGAACCCUAUUCGGUCACCGGAGAGGACACGUCAGCUUCGCCGUACAAGACGACACGAAAUCCGAACCGGUGUUACUAAUCGAGCUCGCAAUCUCCACGUCAUCUUUAGUGAAGGAGAUGUCAUCCGGUCUCGUGAGGAUCGCGUUGGAGUGCGAGAAAACGGCUGCGCGUGGGGGAGAAAACCGGCGGCGCGUGGGGAAGUUACAGGAUACGGAGGGGCUUGUUCGGCGAGUGGGGCUGUUUCAGGAGCCGGUGUGGACGAUGUACUGUAACGGGAGGAAGUGUGGGUACGCGCUGUCGAGAGCGUGCACGGAUUCGGAUUGGCACGUGCUGAGUACGGUGCAGAGUGUGUCGGUCGGGGCGGGUGUGAUUCCGGUGGUGGAUGAUGCACGGAAAAUUAGCGCGGCGGAAGGUGAGUUAUUGUACAUGAGAGCUAAAUUUGAACGAGUUGUAGGGAGUCGUGACUCGGAAGCUUUUUAUAUGAUGAAUCCUGAUGGUAAUGGAGGACCUGAACUCAGUAUUUUUCUUCUUAGGAUAUGAAAAAGGGCAGGUCGGUGCAUAAAGCAUCCUGCGUUAGCAGGGUUCGGGAAAGGGUCACAAUUCAAAGGGUGUGAUGUAUCUACCUGCUUUCACGACUUGAACGCGUGACCUAUAGAAGAAAAAAGAAAAAAAUGAUAUGGAAAUUAAAGAAGAGAAAAAGGGAAAUGAUAUAUAUCUAUAAUGUUUUGAGUAUUUUAUUUUGAUUUCAUAGUGUGUUUAGUUAGGCAUAUUGUAAUGUUGUUUAGUGAUUUUAGUACGUUGUGUAAUUUCUCUAUGUAUAUUGCAUGAUCAUAUACAUGAUUUCUUCUUCUUUA